GUAGAGCACCCAUUGGGACACUAUGCAAAGAAGAUUUCCACAUCUACUUUAGCCGCUUACCCAGCAGGACUUGAAGGGCUUUCCGAGUCACCAGCCACUGAUUUCAAUAGCUCCCCCGAUUCCAUCGCUGCUGCUGCUGCUCUUUUUUCUCCAAAAUUGAAGUUUUAGUGAUGUUUAAAGCUGGAACAGGACAGGGGAGACGUGGUGGGGGUACAGAGAGCAGAUGCUAGGGAAACUUGGGAAGAAAGAAAACUGGGGUCACAGAAAGGGGCAUGAGAGGAGGGACAGUAGCAUAGGGAAGGGUCUGUGGAGCUAGGGAGUGCAGUUUUGGAGCAUCAAGGACAGGUGUAAAUGUAUGUCUAAGGAUUCCUAAAUGUGAGACACACAUUGCAUGAGCACACUUGUAUAUACGGGCAGUGAGGCAAGUGCACUCUUGCUUACAGGUUGGAUCACAUAUACUCUCACAUUUGGAAGCAAACUGCCCGCUUCUCCUUCUCCCCCCAAGGAUUUACUGUGUAUUGCAGAUUCUGUGCCAGAAUGAUGCAUUUGUAAGCAUAUGCUGUACCGGCUCCUGUGUCACUGCAGCCUCUGAUGCCAAGUCCUCAUUCCCUCUCCCAGAGCUGCUGUAUGUGCAUCUUUGCUGGGAAGGGCUGCAAAGGUAGUAGGAGAAGUUGCAGAGUAAAAGGCUUGGUCAUCAUUGGCUCUAACUUUUUUCAUUCUUUCUCCUUUUCAUUACACAUCACCAGUGUAAAUGGAUGGGCUUCAUAGAAGCUUGAAGUACUGAGAGGUUUUGAUCCAGACCCAAGCUACAACCAGUGAUGUCCGAGACCAAACUGGAUGAUCCCCCUUCUUGUAGGAACUGGUCUUCUGUUCCAGAACUGAAUGAUACUCAGGAGCGUUUUUCAAUCCCCUCUGUUGACUACGAUGAUAAGGAAUUUCUGCGAUACCUUUGGAGGGAAUAUUUACAUCCCAAAGAAUAUGAAUGGGUCCUGAUUGCAGGGUAUAUUGUUGUAUUCAUUGUGGCUCUCAUUGGAAACAUCCUGGUUUGUAUUGCAGUGUGGAAGAACCAUCACAUGCGGACAGUCACCAACUACUUCAUAGUAAACCUCUCCCUGGCUGAUGUUCUUGUCACAAUCACUUGUCUUCCAGCCACGUUAGUAGUGGAUAUCACAGAAACUUGGUUCUUUGGGCAGACCCUCUGCAAGGUGAUCCCCUAUUUACAGACUGUGUCAGUCUCUGUGUCUGUACUAACACUUAGCUGCAUCGCUUUGGAUCGCUGGUAUGCAAUUUGUCACCCUUUGAUGUUUAAAAGCACAGCCAAGAGGGCAACGAAUAGCAUUAUCGUUAUCUGGAUUGUAUCCUGCGUUAUAAUGAUUCCUCAGGCUGUUGUUAUGGAAUGCAGCAGUGUGUUCCCAGGAUUAGCUAACAAAACAAUCUUAUUCACAGUUUGUGAUGAGCACUGGGGAGGUGAGGUCUACCCCAAAAUGUACCACAUGUGUUUUUUUCUGGUGACGUACAUGGCACCAUUGUGUCUUAUGGUGUUGGCCUAUUUACAAAUAUUUCGAAAACUAUGGUGCCGCCAGAUCCCAGGAACUUCAUCAGUAGUUCAAAGAAAAUGGAAGCCUUUGCCCUCUUUAGCACAGCCCCGGAAACUGGGACAAUCAACCAAGUCCAGGAUUAGUGGGGUAGCAGCUGAAAUAAAACAGAUUCGAGCCAGGAGGAAAACAGCACGUAUGCUAAUGGUGGUUCUCUUGGUUUUUGCACUUUGCUAUCUACCAAUUAGUAUCCUCAAUGUCUUAAAAAGGGUUUUGGGGAUGUUUAACUAUGCUGAUGACAGAGAGACUGUGUAUGCCUGGUUUACAUUCUCGCACUGGUUAGUGUAUGCCAACAGUGCAGUGAACCCUAUCAUUUAUAACUUUCUCAGUGGAAAAUUUAGAGAAGAAUUUAAAGCAGCUUUUUCUUGUUGCUGGCUUCGCAUUCACCAUCACCAGGAUGAACGACUCACCAGAGGUCAUGCAAGCACUGAAAGUCGGAAAUCCUUGACCACCCAGAUCAGCAAUUUUGAUAAUGUUUCAAAACUUUCAGAACAUGUUGUGCUGACCAACAUGAGCACACUCCCAGCAAAUGGUGUCACGGCCAAACUCAGCCCAUUGAAGUCAGUGGAAUUGCACCUGCGUACGUCAGGGAUGAACAUGACUUCAAGUUUAGAUGAAGCAGAAAGAGUUUCUGUGGAAGACAGUGGCACAACAGAGAAUACAGAGUGGGCCAAAUUCAUCCCUGGUGUAACCAAACUGACCUUACUGGAGUUACACCAGGGAUGAGGUUUGCCCUGUACAUUUAAAACAACCUGUGAAUGGCAUUCCAGUAACAACACAACAGUUGGACAAAGGGAUUCCCCCAAAAUGACUGCUUCUUCAAUUCCCAGUCUCAUGGAAACUUACUUACCUCCUCAUGAGCUAAACAUACAGAAUUCACGUCAUUGCAAGACGUUUUAAAGAAUAUAUUGCAUCAUGCUUUGUACAUACUGGAUAUAUUUAUUUUUAAUGUGUUCCAGAUGCCAUGUAACAUUCUCAAAUGCAUCAUGUAAAGAACUCAGUAUUUCAAAGCAAGGAGUCAUUAACAUUUAUAUUAUGUACUGAUACCAUUAAUGACAGUUUAUCCUCCUAUGCAUUAGUGGAAUUUUGGAAUUACUUUUACAUGUGAUACACAAAUGCAUGGAGUCUGGGCAAUAAAAUGGAAGAUCUGGAAUACUAGUGCAGGAGGGCAAACCAGACACAGGGAUUACAGAAACAUGGUGAAACAGCACUCAUGACUGGUAUUGAAAGGUAUGUCUGUUUAGGAGAGCUAGAAAUAAAGAUGUGCAUCUAUGAAAACUGUAAAGAAAAAAGAAGUAGCAGUAUAGACAAAACAGAAGCUAUUUGGGUCAAAAUCACCUUGGGGAAGGAUUGCAAAAGAGGUUCUAUUGGGACAGCUAUAAGGGUCUGCUAUAGAUCCCCAGGGUCGGACUCUGAUAUGGAUAGUAGUAUUUAUCUUUCUAAUAAUAUUACCAUUUUUGAGGAUGACAAUAAAUAUUAGAGAGGAAAACACUACUGGGAAUUGUGUCAUAAUAGGAGAUUUUAUCUUCCCAGAUAUAGAUUAGAGAAUAAAUGCUUCUUAAUACUGGUAGGGCCCAGUUGUUCCUGGAUAUGAUAGAUGGCAGUUUUCCUCAUCAAAUUGUUGCUGAACCAGCAAGGGGUGAUGCAGUUUUAAACUUGGUUUUUGUAAGCAGUGAGGAAAUCAUAGAUAAGAUGGUCGUAGGAAAUUACCUUGGACUGAGUGAUCAUGAGUUUAAAUUAAAUGCAAAGGUAAACAAAACCAAGUUGUCAGCUAUGUCUUUUUAUUUCAAAAGGGUAACCUUUGGGAAAUCAAGGGAAUUAAUUAAAGAAGUCAACUGGCUUGGAAUUUCUUUAAAUCAGCCAUACAAAAACUAUCUGUAACUUGCAUCCCACUGAAGGACAAAAAAUUCAUAGGGAAAAACUCCAGCCCCAGCUGAAUGACUAACCACCUCAGAAAGGUUAUUAGGAGUAAGCAGAGAGCCUAUAAGGAAUGGUAAAAGGGAUAGAUGAGCAAAGAAAGGUACAUCUUGGAGGUUAGGCAAUGCAGAAAUUGCUAAACGUCAAACUGAAUUAGCUCUUUCCAAGGAAAUUAAAAAUAGAUCAUAUGAGUUUUUUAGUUACAUAAAUAAGAAAUAAGGAAGGAUGAGGUUGGAUGCAAUGAGUGAGGCUAUGAGGGGAGGAGAUUCAAACUAAUUUAGGUAUGGCCCAAAAACUAAAUGAAUACUUUGCCUUGGUUUUCAAUAAGCAUGAUAAUAUGGAACAUGGGCAUGAAGGCAGGAUGGCUGGUGGAAAUGAGCAUAGAAAUGGAAAUUACCACAUUUCAGAUGGAUGAAAAACUCAAGAGUUUAAUGCAUUCAAAUGGGGAGGAACAGAUAAUUUUCAUCCCAGAAUACUGAAAGAUCUGGCACAUGAGAUUGCUAGUCCAAUAGCAAGGAUUUUUAAUUAAUCCAUCUAUUUUGAGGUAAUGACUGGAGAAUAGUUAACUUUAUACCUAUAUUUAGGAAAGGGGUGAGGAAAAGUCAUUUGGUCAAUUACAGACCUAACCUCAGUAGUGUGCAAGACUUCAGAAGGAAAAUUAAAAUUCAUUGUGGGUAAAUGGUAAAGGAUAUGUAAGGCAACAUGGGUUUACCAAAUGUAGAUCAUGCCAGAUUAACCUGAUUUCUUUCUUUGAGAAAAUAACUGAUUUUUUUAGAUAAGGGAAAUGCAACCAUGCUAAUAUAUUUAGACUUCAGAAAAGCAUUUGACAUGAUACCACAUGAGAAAUAAUUAGUUAAAUUAGGCCUGGUCUACACUACGAGUUUGUCGGAUUUAGCAGCAUUAAAUCGAAUUAACCCUGCACCCGUCCACACAACGAAGUCAUUUUUUUCAACAUAAAGGGCUCUUAAAACCGAUUUCUGUACUCCUCCCCAAUGAGGGAAUUAGUGCUGAAAUUGACAUCGCCAUUUUGAAUUAGGGUUAGUGUGGACGCAAUUCAAAGGUAUUGGCCUCCAGGAGCUAUCCCACAGUGCACCAUUUUGACCGCUCUGGACAGCACUCUGAACUCGGAUGCACUGGCCAGGCAUACAGGAAAAGCCCUGGGAACUUUUGAAUCUCAUUUCCUGUUUCGCCAGGCGAGCUCAUCAACACAGGUGACUAUGCAGAGCUCAUCAGCACAGGUGACCAUGCAGUCCCAGAAUCAAAAAAGAGCUCCAGCAUGGACUGAACGGGAGGUACUGGAUCUGAUCGCUGUAUGGGGAGAGGAAUCCAUGCUAUCAGAACUACGUUCCAAAAGAUGAAAUGCCAAAACAUUUCAAAAAAUCUCCGAGCCCAUGAGGAACAGAGGCUACAGCAGGGACGCAACACAGUGCUGCAUGAAACUUAAGGAGCUCAGACAAACGUACCAGAAAACCAAAGAAUCAAACAGACACUCCGGAACAGAGCCCCAGACAUGCCACUUCUACACUGAGCUGCAUGCAAUUCUGGGGGGGGGGGGGCCACCACCACUACCCCACCCCUGUCCAUGGACUCCGAUGAUGGGGUACUCUCCGCGAUGCCUGAGGAUUUUGCAGACGGAGAAGAUGAGGAGGAGGAGGACGAGCUUGAGGAGAGCACACAGCACACUGUUCUCCCCGACAGCCAGGAUCUUUUUAUCACCCUGACUGAAAUACCCUCCCAAGCCAGAGAAGGGA